AUGCGCACUGUGACCAUCGCCGCCAUUCUGUCUGCCGUCCUUGCCACCGCUAUAGCCGGCAGUACUGGUUACGGCGGGUAUGGUCUCGGAUACGGCGGCGGCUACGGACUUGGCUACGGCGGGUAUGGCCUCGGCUAUGGUGGUGGCUACGGUGGCGCUGUGCCCGGCCCAGCCUUCCUGGUUAGAACCUUCCACCAAGUGAACAAGCUGUCCAGUGGUGGAGCGCUGGUCGCACACUCCGGCCUCGGAGGAGGAUCAUAUGGAGGUGCCGCUGGCUACGGCGGCGGCUACGGCAGCGGCUACGGCGGCGGCUACGGCGGCGGCUACGGCGGCGGCUACGGCGGCGGCUACAGCGGCGGCUAUGGUGGCGGUUACGGAGGUGGCUUAGGAUAUGGCGGUGGUUAUGGAUAUGGUGGCUACGGCGGUUAUGGUUACAAAGGUUGA